AUGAUCAACACAAAAACUCUUACCUACUUUCCAGAACCUGUACCAAGCAUAACGUUCGAUGAUAUCGAAGACGACAUGAAAACCAGCUCUCUUGCCAGUUCAAAUCAAUCCACCUCGUCAUUAUUCGAUCCACUCGAUGCUGCCAAGACCAUGGAAAAUAUUUUCGAAGAAUUUUUAGAAAUCGACGGAAGACGCUUUAUGAAUGAUAGCACGUUAAAAUGCUGUAUGCCCAGCGACAGCAAAGAGGCAGAAAGAUUAUAUGGAUUGCAUUGUGUAUAUAGAAUGUUGUGGGGUAACAACUUUUCUUCUCCCCUUGAAGAAGAAUUGUCUCUCGGAGCCAAGGUCCUCGAUGUCGGAUGCGGUUCAGGAUCAUGGGUGUUAAACAUGGCUUCAAGCUAUCCCCUUUCGACAUUUGUAGGAAUAGAUAUUGCGCCCUUGUUUUAUGGCGAUUGCCCGGUCAAUACUGCCUUUUUUCAAUGUAAUGUCUUUGAUGGCCUACCGUUUCCCGACAACACGUUCGAUUUCGUUCGACAAGGAUUUCUCAUAGUUUGCAUCGAUUGGGAAACAUGGAAGGAUAAAGUUGUCAAAGAAUUAAUCAGAGUGACUAAACCUGGAGGAUAUAUCGAAAUCAUGGAUGUGGAUUAUCCAUUCUUUCAGCCGGGAAAUAUCGCUCAGAAAUUUAAUAAUUGUGUGAUUCAUUUUAGCGAUGCGGGGAUUAAUACCAAUUCCAGUGAAAAUAUAAGCAAGGUGUUUAGUGGACAUAGGAAUGUCACUAUAGUCAAGCAAGAAGAAAAAAUACUAUACUAUGAUAGUCGAAUUGGAACUAUUUCAUUAAAGUAUGAGAUGAAAGGUUUUGAAUCGAUGAAAAUCUUCAUGAUGCCGCUUCUUGGGAUUACAGACGAUGAGUUUAGUCAAUUAUUGGUCGAUUUAGCCAAGGAACUCAGGAUAUGCAAAUCAACCAGACACUUUUAUCGUCUUAUCGUGAAGAAAAAAUCACGUUUCUGA